GUCGGUCCAGCGCUCACAGUGAGCUGAGAAAGAUGUUAAACCGUCAUUUCGGAUCAGACCCUCAGCCACUGGUACCACCUGCGACCAAACGAUGGACGUCUUCACACGGUAAGGAGAGUUUCCGCCCCUCCGUCCGUCAUGACCUCCCCGCUGUUGGGUUUGAACCGCGUUUACCUCAGGAUUUCAGCCCGAAUGAUCCGCUUUCGCGGUUUACAGAGCUUUGACUGAAAAAAAAACAGUCCACGUCUCGUGCACGCUGACCUUCGUUAUCUCGCGCGCGGACUGAACCGACCAAAGUGCAAAUCCACGUGCGACCGGGAGAGAGAGAGCGAGGACUGGACUGGACUGAACGACGAGAAGCCGGAAUGAACAGCAGGAGCAGCGAAGAUUUAAACGGCACAGUUGCUGCAAUGAAGGGGGGAGAAGAGAAAUCGCAGUGGAAGCUGUUUAUUGAGGAUAUCAGUGUUUUACAGCUGGUCAUGUCAUUCUUGUUUAUGGGUGUGUUGUGUCUGCUGUUGAUGUUGUACCUGCUGUUCACUCCGCUGUGGCCCAUUCCAACUCUCUACUUCGCCUGGCAGUUCUAUGACUGGCACAAACCUGAGAGAGGUGGCAGAAGAUCAGAGUUUGUGAGGAACUGGAAAGUGUGGAAGCACUUCAAGGACUACUUCCCAGUGAAGUUGGUGAAGACUGCAGAGCUUAGUCCCAGUAAGAACUACGUACUGGGCUGUCACCCGCAUGGCAUUAUGAGCAUGGGGGCAUUCUCCUGCUUCAGCACGGCUGCUGGGGGCUUUGCUGAGGCUUUCCCAGGAAUGCGCUCCACUCUAGCAGUUCUGGCCGGCCUCUUUCGCCUCCCGAUCUUCAGAGAUUACAUCUUGAUUGCAGGCAUGCUUCCAGUCAGCAAGGAGAGUCUAGAGUACAAGCUGAGCCGGACUGGUGUGGGCAACGCUGUGGUCAUCAUCAUUGGAGGAGCAGAGGAGUCACUGGCUUCCUUUCCUGGAGUGAACACAGUGGUCAUGAAACACAGGAAAGGCUUUGUUCGUUUAGCCUUAGAGAACGGAGCUGACCUGGUUCCGGUGUAUUCUUUCGGGGAGAACGAGCUGUUCCCUCAGGUGGUUCUGUCCGAGGGCAGCAUAGGCCGCAAGCUGCAGGCUCUCUUCAAGCAGGUCAUGGGUUUCGCCCCCUGCAUUUUCACGGGGGGACGCUGGCUUCUCCUACCCUACAGGAGGCCGGUCACCACUGUGGUGGGCAGCCCCAUAUCUGUGCCUUAUGUGUGCAAUCCUUCUGAAGAGCAGGUGGACCACUAUCACACGCUGUAUAUGGAGGCUCUAUCCAAACUCUUCCACACCCACAAAACCAGCUGUGGACUGUCUGAAACACACCAGCUACGCAUCAUUUAAACACUACACACACACACACACACACACACACACACGUAAUAUAUAGUUGUACACUCAUAACAAACAAAGAGCAUUCCUUUUAGUUUUUCUGUAUUUCUGCAAACUAAGGUCAGUGUUCUUAAAACAGCUAACGGAUUACUGAUUACAAGAGGUACUUCUUCAAAAACACAGUACUUUAGUACUUUUUAUUGUUUUAACAGAUAUACAAGAAAUAAUUUAUGACUUCAGAAUUAUUUUAGCCUAUUAUUUAUUAUCAAAAAUAAAAAAAUACAGAUUAGGAAAUAGACCAAUCAGAGCAUUAUUGAUUGUGACUCGGGCUACUCUUGACUUCAUAAAAGCAAACUAAUGAGAGGUAAAAAUUAGGAAUACAUUUGCUGUUUCCAAAAUAUAUACACUAUUUUCAGAAUGAUCAAGCAGUUGGUUUACAGUUUAUAGUGCAGUCCUAUCUGCACUUACAUUGUCAUCAAAUUAAAAUGAUGUUACAUUACCGAUUUCCAUUUUAUAAAUGAAUUGUUUGCGAAAUGGUUGCAAAUUAAUUAUUAAUUAUUGCACUAUUAAAAGUCUUAUUGGAGGUUGUAAUAUUGAUGAUAUAUCUGCACAGGACUCAGUGUGAGUGUUAUAAAUAUGUGCUAUAUUUUUGUAUUUUAAUGAAUUUCACUGGUCUCUGUGCAGUUUGUAAUAGUCAGGUGCAUAUGGAAAUGUUAGAAUAGACCAUUAUGUGUGAUGUACAUGGAUUUUCUGUUUGUCUAUAUCAGGUAAAUUACACUGACCAAAAUAUCUAUGUUCAGUAUUUCAGCAUUUUAAACAUUAUGAUCAAAUGAGAUUUUACAGACCCACUUCAUAUAAAGCUACAUUAGUAUAAACCUAUAUAAAAGAACAGUGUGAUAAAAAUAUUUUCGUAUUAGCUUUCUGAAAGAAUAUAAAAGGCAUUAUAAAAAACGAACUAUAAUUAACACCACAGUCUUAUUUGAUCAUAUUGAAAGGCAUCUUCAGAAACAACAGUUAGGAGGUAUUCUUGCUGGAUUAUAGUAUUAAAAGAUUAAUAUGAGAAAUCUAUCAUCGUAGAUCAUCAUACGGAACAUACUUUUGUAUCUCAGGUGACGAUCUAAAAGAAUAUAAAAGGUAUCAUUAAAAAAAGUUAAAUAUUUUGUUCCGUCAGCAAUCGCCUUUGUUUGUAGAAACAACACACAGACACACAGAGAUUUCUUGAAGGUCACGGAGAUGCUUCAAGUGGGGCGGCUGACAUGAAUUGGUUGUGUUUUGUUAUUACAAAUUAAACAAAACGAUUUUUUUUUAAAUAGAACCCAGAGAUGUCCCUUACAGCAUGGAAGUGUGCAAUUCAAACAUUCCUUCUGCCACAUCAUAAUCGUAGUGGACUAAGUUUACAGGAACCUCACCAAUUACAGCAUACCAUGUACACCAAAAAUCUGGACAUGAAACACAGGAAAAAUGGUUUUAGCCUUAACAUCUGUAUCUAAAUUUAACUGAAAAAAGAAACAUUCUUCAGGCGAAAGCUUCAGCAGAUGGCUGAUGUAAGGGUAGUUUCUUGUUGCCAGGGCAAAUAUUCAUUGAUUGUGUGAUAGACUAAGAAUUAUUUAUGCAUUUCUUUAUGAUGAAAUGUAUUGACAAGCUAAGAAAUUGUUUUUUAUGAAGAGUGGUUUUGUCACCAUGUUGUAUAGAUCUAUUUUAAUAAUAAAUUGGUAAUAAAUUCA